CUAUAGUUAAAAAAAAAAAAAACCGAUCGAAGCUGCCGACGUCGUUGAAGAAGUUUAAACAUGGCGGGUGGUUAAUUUUCCACUAUACGUUAUAUGUCAUAGCCGAAGCAGUCCGGUAUGGUUUGUAGCCUUUACAACUAUACAACUCAGACACGUCUGUUCUCUUCAUGAGAAUUAGACGUAGUUAAUUGUUUAGUGAGUUUUGAUAGACUGUUUUACACUGGUGCACAUUCCCAUAAUGUCCUGAACUCUUAUUUACGAUUGCUCUACCCUCUUAUUUCGAAUUGUUGGCCGUUGCGCGAACUGUGUGCUGCCUCAGACGUAUUCUUCUCAUGCUGGAGAAGACAGCUGCCAGUCUGGAACCAUGCGGUCUCCAACGAGUAGUUCCUGGCGCUGCCAAAUCCUUGCGAGCCCCGAGACAGCUUCAGAGUGCAUUCUGGAAGCACGGAGCUGCUGACAUUGAGCUCACCAGCGCCUGGCAAGCUUUAAUGCAUGGCACUUUUGAUUUCAACAUGGGCUCGACAUCCGAAGAUAACAAGGGUUCAGCCCUGACGGCUUCCGCCUUUCUUCUCGACUUCUUAUAUCCAACUGGUGCUAUCAACCUUAUGCGCCGCUUAACCCCAAUUACCCCUACCUCUACCAGCCGAUCCAACAGUCUCCGCCAAGGCCAGCGUUUUGCAAAACUCGCCCCUCGUUUGUUUACCUCGUCUGUUCCUAGACGACAGGUCGAUCGCCAGGGGGGCGAGUCUAGUGUUAGUCCGGAAGAACAUGACCCUGAACCUGAAAAUAAUACCUCGGUUACGGAGACGGGGGAGGUCCCAGACGCAACCGUUGAAGAUAUAGUCCAAGAAGCUGAUAUGGAUCCUAAUGGAACACCUCCACAGCUCGAUACUAUAGAGGAUGAUAUAAGUCAUUUAAGUAUAGAAGAGCAUAUUGAGGCGCUCGAUAAUCUGUUAAAGGAUAAUAGUGACGAUCCCAAAGAUAUUGAUCAGAUCUGGCAUCAUUACAAGUUCUUAGAUGAACCGUCACAAUCUAUCUACCUGGAUCAGGUUUUGCUUUCUCUUUCGAAGAGUGGUCGAAUAUCUGACUCAUGGAAAAUUUCGGAACUUUUCCAUAAAAUGUCUUUACCACAGUGGACGAACCAGAAUUUUGUGGCUGGUGUCACGGCUGAAAUUAGCUUACAGAACGAUAAUGAAGCCGUCGAAAUCCUCAUGAGAGGAUUAGACCAUGAAGGUCUCGAAGUGCCCUCCUUAAUUGACGCGCUCGAUUUAAUACUUGCCAGUGCAUUGCGAUCUUCUAAAGCGGAGUUAUUAUAUAAUAUCUGGAGGCAUUAUCCCAAGAUGGCUGCCAGAUGGGACUUCGGGGGCAUUGUAUCGCAACUGAGACAUGUUUCUGAAGUUCCAGGUCUCGCUGGGAAAGCUUUCGAAUUCCAGACACGCGGGCGACAGGAGCUUCAAGAGCUCCAAGAACAAGACGGCCACGAGCUUGAUCAGGAGGCGUUGGACACGCUGCAGAGAAUUUUGGUCCGCAGGGCUCUUUUAUCUUGUGCCGAUGACCAAGUUAUCCCCCUUCUUGGAAUAACGAAUGAUCUUCUUGCCUUCGAGGAAUUCCUACGUGGCGUAAUCUAUAGGGGCCAGGGACGACUUGGGACUGAGGUGUACGGGAUCUAUCGUGAUCUCCCCGGGAGCAUGCCGAGUCAUCCCGUGCUUCAUGAAAUAUUCAAAGCCUACAACGGUCUGAAUGCGCCAAUUUCAAUCAAGUACCGCGGAGUUGAACUGCUGUGGGGAGACUGGCAUAGGUUUCACACUAUCCCUUCUCGCAGGGCCUUUCAGAGAUACUUAGCUUUCUAUGCAGCCCAAGGAGAUACUCUUAAGGUUUACGAUCUGUGGCCUAAACUUAUGAAGCUUUACCGUGAUGACCCAGAACUCCCGGCUAUCAAAGCUGACGAUACAUUUUCGCAUCUUCUUCACGUCCAUGCCGUUCGAGGUGAAGUCGGAGAAACCCAACGCAUUUUUGACGAUAUUGAACGGAAAUUUGGCAUCGAGCAAAAUACCUACGCCUGGAAUAUCCUUCUGAAUGCUUAUGCGAAGGCUGGCGACUAUGAUGGCGCCAUAUCUACUUUCGAGAAGUGUACCGAGGCAGGAAAAUUAGACAAGUAUAGUUACGGAACGAUGAUGCAGAUGGCCGGUUCUAGAGGUGACUUAGGCUUCGCGAUUGAUUUAUAUCGCCAGGGACUAAGCGCAAACAUACGAGCCAACGAUGCUAUCCUCAGUAGUCUCGUCGACGCGUACUGCCAGAAUAAUCACUUACAAGCGGCCGAAGACGUCUGCGUUCGUGCAGCCAAGAGAGGGAUCGUCGCAACUCGGAUGUGGAACAAACUUCUCCGCUAUCACGCUCUUCGCCGGGACCUAGCUGCCAUCAACAAAGUCCUCAACCUCAUGGCCGAUAAGGAAAUCCCUUAUAACGAAUUCACAUACCUUGAGCUGCUUCUUGGCCUAUCGUUAUGUCGUCAAUCUCAACACGCUCUAGGUCUCCUCGCAUCCGCGUUAAAGGACAAAACCUUCGAGGUCACUCAGGAUCAUUUUCAUGUUGUUAUGGGUGCUCUGCUUAUGACUGGAGAGCCCGCUACAGUCCGACGUCUUCACAAGCUGAUGAUAGAAAACGGCUUUCCGACUUCAUCUACCAGUCUAUUCCACUUGGCCCGGGCACUGGGGCAAUAUAAGAAUUUCCCCCCGAAGCAACGAGCACAGUUUACCGCGACGGAAUGGCUUGGCAAAUCGCUUCGUACAUUCUAUCAUAUAUAUGGCCUCAAUAAUAAUAAUAAGAAAAUACGCAGGCUAACAUCAUCCUACAAACCCAAUCAGACAGGCGAGCUUUUGGGAGAAAGUAUCGAAAAGUCUCAUUUCAGCACCAUGAUUUACAUGUUGGUUGACCUGAAAGAUUUUGUCCAAGCUCGAGAACUUAUUGACCUCUAUCGUUAUAUCUUCCAAGGUGAAGAAGAGACUAGUGGAGUCUUGCCCGUCGCGAUGCUUAACGCUAUUAUGCUUGCGGACCUCCAGGAAAAGCAUUAUGACCGCGUUGCCAAAACGUGGGAUAUUCUCUUCGAAGCGGCGAAGAAGGAGGCGCGCUCAGCCGACUACGUUGAAGAUUUACCUCAUACGCCGAAAAUAUCGCCCAAAUAUCGGUACGUUCUAUCAGGCGGCUUAGAGUGCAUGCAGAGGAUGCUCUUCAGCCAGGAGGACGCGGUCGGCAUCCGAAGUCUUAUUCAAGAGGUUCGUUAUGAGGGGUUCGAGGUCGAUAGCAAGAACUGGAAUUAUUAUAUCCAGGCGCUCGUCCAGUUGAAAGAAUACAAGGAGGCGUUCUUUACCUGCGAAAAGAUGCUCAUGCCUAACUGGACCGGUUGGUUUGUCUUGCGUACCAAGGAAAAUGUACGGAAUAAGCUAUCGCUUGACUUGCGUCGGAAAGGAUCUUCUCCCCGACAUCUUCGGCCGGUUGCCACGACGCUAUACUACCUCGCCAAAGGCUACAUGGACCUCGACCGGCUCAGCCCUUUCUCUGCCGACAUGGCGAGCACGUUCCUGGAGAUAGAUAGGGAGUGCGUGCAAGUGGUCCGAGCUAUCAAGUCCAUGAUACGGGUGCACUCGCCCCUCGAGAACGAGAUUUUUGACGAAGGGGAUUUUAUCGACGAUAUCGACUCUGACUCCGACGACCAGGAUAAUCUGAUAGAUGAUAGGGAGGGGGAAGUCGUGAGAUGAUUCUCCUAUAUGUGAAUAUGGGCCUGGAUUCCAUGGCCAGUUGUAUAUUCAGUGCAAAUGUAUGUAGCACAAACUCGAAUCUACGUGCAAUACGACUCAGGCGACUACGCCAGGGGCUUUGGAUUAGUGAUCAUAGAUGCUGGGGUAAGGGAAGCUUAUACUAUAGCGAGUAGAUUCCUG